AUGCUUCCUGUCCAAGUCUUCCUCCAGUUACAUGAGCUCCAGAGAGGUACCCCGUCCAGAAUGGGCUCUUGUCUAACAAUUGGAAAUGAACUUUCCGAGGAGAUACAUGUGCUUACAAAGCAAAAGACCUUAUUGGAACGGCGUGCCGGGAUGGAGAACAAUGCGACCAUAGAUAUAAAAAGUGACUAUCAAGAUAAGAUGAGCAUGGAGUUCUACUUUAAGAAGGAGAGGAGACUCAUCCUAAGGGAGCUGAGCAACUGA